UCCCGCCUCUAUGUAGACAAGUAACCAAUGGAAGCCCCGGAUCCCCGACCCUCGGCUAAUGGAAACUGAGGUGGGCGGGCCAUCGCGCGGCCAAACCCUAGUCCAGGAGCUGACCGCCAGAUGCCUCCCAGGGAGCGCGGACCCCGAAGCAGGCAGAUCAUGUGGAUCCUGGUAAGCUGGCUGGCCUUAGUGGCAGGGCUGGUGGCUGGAACACAGUGUCCAGAUGGUCAGCUCUGCUCUAUUGCCUGCUGCCCGGACCCGGAAGGAGCCAAAUACAGCUGCUGCAACCCUCUUCUGGAAACAUUGCCGGUAGUAAUGAGCCAUCCUCUAAGUGGCUCCUGUCAAAGCCAUAGCCACUGCCCUUCUGGCUACUCGUGUCUCCUCACUGUGUCAGGGACGUCCAGUUGCUGCCCCUUCCCUCAGGGUGUAUCUUGUGGUGAUGGCUACAACUGCUGCCCCCCGGGCUUCCACUGUAGCACCAAUGGGACAACCUGCUUCCGAAAAUCAGGUAACCCCGUGGGUGCUAUCCAGUGCCCGGAUAGCAAAUUCGAAUGCCCUGACUCUUCUACCUGCUGCAUUAUGAUUGACGGUUCCUGGGGAUGCUGCCCCAUUCCCCAGGCCUCUUGCUGUGAAGACAGAGUACAUUGCUGUCCCCAAGGGUCCACCUGUGACCUGGCUCAUACACGGUGCAUUAGUUCUGUGGGCACCUACGAGCUAUUAAGGAAAUUCCCUGCACAAAGGACCAACAGGGCAGUGGAUUGGCAUGAUUCUGUGGUGUGUCCGGAUGCACAGACCCAGUGUCCUGAUGAUUCUACCUGCUGCGAGCUGCCUACUGGAAAGUAUGGCUGCUGUCCCAUGCCCAACGCCAUCUGCUGUUCCGACCAUCUGCACUGCUGUCCUCACGACACGGUAUGUGACCUGAUCCAGAGUAAGUGCCUAGCCAAGGACUACACCUCGGACCUCCUGACCAGGCUGCAUGGAUAUCCAGUGAUGGAGGUGAAGUGUGACAUGGAGGUGAGCUGCCCAGAUGGAUACACUUGCUGCCACCUCACCACUGGGGCCUGGGGCUGCUGUCCUUUUACCAAGGCUGUGUGCUGUGACGACCACAUACACUGCUGCCCGACAGGGUUUGAGUGUCACACAGAGACAGGAACCUGUGAAAUGGGAGCCCUCCACGUACCCUGGAUGAAGAAGAUCACAGCUUUUCUCAACCUGCCACACCCAAAAGCCUACACGAGUGAUGUCCCUUGUGAUGACUUCACCACCUGUCCUCCUGGGAAUACCUGCUGCAGACUCAGUUCUGGGGACUGGGGCUGUUGUCCUGCCCCAGAGGCUGUCUGCUGCUUAGACCACGAGCAUUGCUGCCCACAUGGUUUCACAUGUACAACUGAGGGGUACUGUCAAGAUGGAGACAGAAUAGUGGCUAGCCUGGAGAAGAUGCCCGCCCACCACACAUCUCUGUCCUUAAGUGAGGACAACGGUUGUGACCAGCACAUCAGCUGUCCAAUAGGGCAGACCUGCUGCCCUAGCCUGAGGGAAGGCUGGGCCUGCUGCCAGUUACCCCAUGCUGUGUGCUGUGAAGAUCAUCAGCAUUGCUGCCCGGCUGGAUAUACCUGCAAUGUGAAGGCCAGAACCUGUGAGAAGGAGGUGGAGUCCAUCCAGCCUGCUGCCCACCUGACCAUUGGCCCUCACAUUGGGAGUGUGGAGUGUGGGGAAGGGCAUUUCUGCCACGAUGACCAGACCUGUUGUAGAGACCACCUAGGAGAGUGGGCCUGCUGUCCCUACCUAAAGGGCACCUGCUGUGUAGAUGGGCGUCACUGUUGCCCUAUUGGCUUCCACUGUUCAACCAAGGGAACCAAGUGUUUGCUGCAAAAGAAGACCUUUCGCUGGGACAUGUUUUUGAAGAAUCCAGCCCCAAGACCGCUGCUAUAAGAAGGGGCUAAAGACUAAGGAACUCCACAGCCCUGGGACCCUGAUCAGAGGGUAUCCACCACUCAGGCCUCCCUAGCACCUCUUCCUCUAGACCUACCCAUUCUGAGUCACCCCAUCACCAUGGGAGAUGGGGCCUCAAACUAAGACCUUUUAUGCAAAGAAGGCUGUGGAAAAAGCCCCAUUUCAAACUGCCAUUUCUUCAGAUUUCUGUGGACCUUGUGGCCAGGUGCUCUUCCCGAUCCACAGGUAUUGUGUGAGCUUGCUUGUGUGUAUGUACGCACGUGUGCGUGUGUUUGCUCCAAUAAAGUUUAUACACUUUC